AUGUCCAAUGAGGCUCCCGAAGUGGAACCACAUAGUAAGAGGAGGAAGAAAGAGGCAUCUCCGUCGUCAUCUUCAGGGUUUCUACAAUCUUUGCCAGAAGCGGUGGCUAUGAUUUGCUUGGCCCGCGUAUCAAGAUUGGACCAUGCAGCCUUAUCUCUCGUCUCCAAGAGCUGCCGGUCAAUGGUUCUUUCACCCGAGCUCUACCAGACACGAUCGUUGAUAGGUUACGCUGAGAAGUUCCUCUACGUAUGCUUCUGCAUGCCUACUGACGAAACCUUAUGUUGCCACGAAAAGAUAAAUGGCAAUCGCUCGUUGAACGUCUUGUUCUUGGAUUGUCGGUCUCAUAAGUGGCACCACGUGACCUCCAUGAGAGUGGCUCGUGUUUCCCCUGAAGUCAGUGUAGUGGACGGAAAGAUAAACGUGUGGGGAGGCUGCAAGUACAAGCAUUACUACGACUGGGGAGAAGUGUUCGAUCCAAAGACACAAACUUGGGCUGAUAUGUCAAUUCCAAAGCCAGUGCGGGAAGAAAAGAUAUACGUGGUGGAUUCAUGGGAUGUUGGAAGCUAUUACUACUUGCCGAGCAAGAGUAUAUGGGAAAAAGGGAAUCAAGAUUCAAAGCGUAGCAAGGAUUGGUGUCUAAUAGAUAAGUUGAUAUAUAGUUGUGGUAACGAUGGAGGUAUAUAUUGGUGUGAGGCAGGGGAGUUGGAUUGGUGUGACGCAGUAGGGAUAGAUUGGAGGGAAGUGUUUGGUUUGGAGUUUCUGUCAAAGGAGCUCCGUGAAUCGAGAGUGGUCUACUUUGGUGGGAAAAUGGUGAAAGUGUGGGAGUCCUACAAGAUCAUGUACAAUAUUAGCUUAAACCUUGAAGAAUUACUUCCCGAGACCCAAUUGACCAACUUGACCGAACUUGGUCAUAAUGUUUUGGUCUUUUGGGAAAAGCUCGAAUGUUGUUGUGAUGGUUUUAAGAUCUUGGAGAUUUGGUGUGCGGAGAUUUCGUUGGAAAGGUGGGAGGGAGGCGAGAUUUUGGGGAGGUGUGAUUGGUGCCAUCCUAUCCUCGCAAUCAAUCUUCUCACGGUCGAUCCUCUCUUCUACCACUCUAUGGUCUUGUAUUCUAUCCCUGUUGAUGUUUGA